AUGCACGACGCACCCUUGGCAGCGCAGGAUGAUGCAGCGUUGAUGCCCAAGGUGGUCGUGUUUGAUCUCGACUACACGCUAUGGCCCUACUGGGUAGACACGCACAUCGACCCCCCCCUCAAGCGAAAACACGACCAACUGAACCAAGUCGUGGAUCGCAGCGGCCAAAAACUCUCCUUCUUCCAGCACGUCCCAUCGAUUUUGUUUGAGCUCAAAGCGCGCAAUGUGUGUAUCGCCGCAGCCUCGCGGACUUCCGCGCCUACAGUAGCGCGCCAGGCCUUGCGCGAGCUUGCAUUGGACCGCGCGCAAAGCAGUAGCUCGCGCGGCCCACGACAGAGUGCGCCGCCCAUAAUCUCGCGCGAUAUCGUGAAGGCCAUCCAUCUUUUCGAUCAGCUCGAGAUCUACCCCGGCUCGAAGAUCACACACUUUAACAAAAUUGCGCAGACGACGGGCGUGGCGUUUAAAGAUAUGCUAUUCUUUGACGACGAAAGGCGUAACGCCGAAGUCCAGCGCAAACUCGGCGUUCAUUUUGUGCAUGUCGGCUCCGAGGGAUUGGACCUGGCGUGA